AGGCGAUGCAUUGAUUGUGUGACAGAUGGGCUUUUGUAUGAAUACUACGACUGAACACCAACAUGACCUCCACCGUCACACGUUGGGCUGUGCGUACGGGUGGGAGUUGUCUGGUGAACGCAUUGUUGUGUUGGGGGAUGAGCCGUCCUUACAGCCGCUGCUAUUUGCUCUUGGUUGACUGUGGCUAACGAGUGACUCUAGCCCCUUCAACAGUCCAUAAAGCAGAUAACUGUGUAUACACUGUAGGAUUCAGUAUCGAAGCCUUACAGCCACAAAGCAGGCUUCAUCAUCUUUUUAACAGUAUUGAAAAGACCUUAUUAUCGGCUGUUGGAUGAGGACAUUGUGUGCGGAAUUAGAGCCACUUAGCAGGCCGUAUCGCCAUUGCUUUGUAAAGCUGCUGGCUAGCUUUCCUCUUCUUCUACUAGCAAAACUUGGUGAAUCCGAGCAACACGGAGCAUCAAGAUGAAGAAGAAAGCUCGGCACCCUCGGGUUGCGGUGCCGCAGAGGCCGCCAUCUCCCAUCAAACCUUCCCCCAACAAACAGAUCUUAACUUACGCACAAGCACAGCGUAUGGUGGAGUUCGAGGUCGAUGGCCGCAUCCAUCGGCUUAGUGUAUUUGACAACCUGGAUGUGAUAUCAGAUGAUGACCCCAUGGUCCAGGAGAUGAUGGAGUGUACAAGCAAUAAGGAGAAUGCGGAGAAACCACAGCAAGUCCUUUUGAGGUCAGUUCGAUUAAAAAAUAACCAGGAGAAGAGAAAUGCUGCUCUGGGCAUCACUGGUCACAGGGAUGGAGGAGCUCAUCACGCUGGUCCUGCUACUCCAAAACUCCCAGAGCCUAAAUUUCGUACAGUGGAAUACAACCUUCCAGCAGUUCCUAAGCGCCCAGCUGCCUUUUAUAAAUAUAAAGAAAAGACUGAAGAAGAGCUGGAUGAGGAAACAGAAUAUGACAUGGAUGAAGAAGAUUAUGCCUGGCUGGAUUUGGUCAAUGAAAAACGGCGAUGUGAAGGCAUCAGUCAGGUGUCCUACAAUGUUUUUGAGUUUCUGAUCGACCGCUUUGAGAAGGAGUUGUACCUGGAGACUUUGGAUCAAGACAGUGAAAAGCUUACACCGAUUGAUGAGGAUGCAGUCUGCUGCAUCUGCAUGGAUGGUGAGUGUCACAACAGCAAUGCUAUUCUGUUUUGUGACAUGUGCAACGUAGCUGUGCACCAGGAAUGCUAUGGUGUGCCCUAUAUCCCUGAGGGCCAGUGGCUUUGCAGACACUGCCUCCAGUCACCCACCCAGCCAGCAGACUGCAUUCUCUGUCCCAACAAAGGUGGAGCUGUGAAAAAGACAGAUGAUGACCGUUGGGGACAUGUGGUGUGUGCACUCUGGGUUCCUGAAGUAGGCUUCUCUAAUACCACCUUCAUCGAACCCAUUGAUGGUGUCAGCCACAUUCCUCCAGCUCGCUGGAAACUUACCUGCUACCUCUGCAAAGAAAAAGGUGUUGGGGCAUGCAUCCAGUGCCACAAAGCAAAUUGUUAUACUGCCUUCAUGUAAGCUGUGCCCAAAAGGCUGGCCCUCUUUAUGAAGAUGGAGCCCGUCAAAGAAAUUACUGAGACAGGAGAGCCUACCUUCUCUGUGAAGAAGACGGCCUACUGUGGGGCUCACACACCUAAUGGCUGUGUGAGAAGGCCUCUUAAUAUCUAUGAUGAUGCCAAACCCAUAAAUGGACUAUGUAAGCACGUGGACAAGGCAAGUGGCAAAGGGCGGUCAAAGGAGCACAAGAAGAAGAGUAAAAAGCCGGAGCCUGAAGUUGAAAGUGAAGCUGCAACCCCUGCUACUGUGCCUACAUUUCUGUCACAUAGGUUACAGACCAUUCUCAACCAGGUGUCAGUCCAGAAGAAAGAAGGCAUUUGUGGAGCUGUCCUAAAUUACUGGACACUGAAGAGGCAAUCCAGAAUGGGGCUUCCCCUCAUCAGGCGGCUUCAGACAAGCCUACCAGUCUCAGAAGAAUGCACAACGGUUUGUUCAUCAAGGCAGAAUGAAGAAGAGAGCAGAGCACUAAAGGACCAGCAGGAGUGGCAUCGUCUCCGACACGAUUUGGAGAGAACCCGGCUGCUACUGGAGCUAAUCCGUAAGAGGGAGAAACUCAAGCGGGAAGAGAUUAAGCUGCAGGAGACCCUUCUUGAGAUGCAGUACCCCUUCAGUAUUUUGCUUAGAGCCCUCUUGGACCAGCUCCAAGCAAAAGACCAGGCCCGGAUCUUCGCUCAGCCAGUUGAUGUCAAUGAGGUACCUGACUACCUUGACCAUAUCAAGCACCCAAUGGACUUCUCUACUAUGCGACAGCGCAUUGAUUCCCAAAGCUACAGCAACUUAACCUGUUUUGAGGAUGAUUUUAAUCUAUUUGACAACUGCAUGAAGUAUAACUCAAAGGACACUUACUUCUACCGUGCUGCUCUUCGUCUCAGAGACCAGGGCGGAGCCUUACUUAGACAGGCCCGGCGAGAUGUGGAAAAAAUUGGUUUUGACAAAGAUAGUGGCAUGCAUCUGGAUGAAAUUCCUGAAUUUAAAGCACCUCCUGCCUUUUCUUGGGAAGAGUUUGACCGUCUACUAGUGCCAGCCAAUCGGGAGCAUCAUCUAGACAUACAGCUGCAACAGCUUCUGGAGAAGUUUGACCUCACCUGUGCUAUGAAGUCCAGUCCCUCUCGCAGCAAACGACUAAAGCUGCUCAAAAAGACCAUCAAUGAUGUGCGCAAUGAAUUGAGCCUUAAAAGAGUUGUACCCUCCCAUCGUCACUGCUCCUCUGCCACGUCUGCAUUAUCAUCAGCUCCUGGCCUUCCAGAGCUGGGUAAAGCUAAAGAGGAGAGAUUAAAGUCCAAUGGACAUUCUCCCGAUGAUGAAGGAGAUAAAUCUCUUCCUCCAAAACUAGAGCCUUCAGACUCCAUUCCUCCUCUCAUCCACUCUGAUGCAGACCCUGAGCCGCCCACCCUCAAACCUAUUGAUGCUGCCCCAGACUGUGAAGACAAGAAUCAUAGCAAAUGUACAGAGUUUGAUGGGGAAAUACCAGACCUGCUGUCCUCUGCACCACGCCUCAAUGGCCACUCUCAUGACAGCCUCCAGAGUUCACUGUUGGACGGAGAUAUGAGUGUCGUGGCCACGUCAACUGUAGCAGAGCCCACGGGCACAGUCAACCGUCGGACUUCAGUGCUCUUUCGCAAAUCGAAGACUUCCAGUCCCCAGAAGCCCCCUAAGAGUGAAGACGAGGGCACUGACAGAGCUGACAUAAGUGAAGGCGAGGGAGAAGAGGAAGAAGACGAGCCACAGCUGGGCUCAAAAUCCUUCCUGUCAGUGGUCAUACCCAGGCUGGAGACCCUCCUUCACGGCAAGAAGAGGAAGCACAGCGGCAGCAGGCAUGAUGAGGAAGAGGGAGGAGAGGAUGGGCAUGAAGAGGAGGGCGAGUCCCCUGUUAAACGACUUGACACUGGUUUGUCAAGUGGUUUCCUGGAGGAAGAAGAGGAGAAACAGCAUGAAGAUCCCAGCAGAGCAAGUAGACCUGUGGAGCCACGAAGACGCUGUGCAUCUGAGUCAUCCAUCUCCUCAUGUAGCAGUCUGCAGGGAAGCACCAGCACCAUUCUCAGUCUUCCAAAGUGUGGGAAGGGGAAACCUGCCUUGGUCCGGAGAAACACUGUGGAUGACAAAAGCGAAUUAAUCGCCUGCAUCGAAAACGGGAAUUUUGCAAAAGCUGCUCGAAUUGCCGCUGAGGUUGGCAACAGCAAUAUUUGGAUGCCCGCUAGUGCUGCAACAGUUGCAUUGGAACCCCUAAAGCUAGUUUGGGCCAAAUGUAGUGGAUACCCUUCCUACCCUGCCUUGAUCAUCGACCCCCACAUGCCGCGUGUGGGCUGCCAGCACAAUGGGGUGUCCAUCCCCAUGCCCCCCAUGGACGUGCUUCGCAUUGGAGAACAGAUGCAGUACAAAGCCGAAGAGAAACUCUACCUCGUCCUCUUCUUCGACAACAAGCGCAGCUGGCAGUGGCUUCCUAGGUCCAAGAUGGUCCCUCUGGGGAUGGAUAAGACCAUAGACAAGAUCAAAAUGAUGGAAGGCCGCACAUCGAGCAUUCGAAAGGCAGUCCAGAUCGCCUUCAGCCGUGCCAUGAACCACCUGAGCAUAGUCCAGGACGAGCCAGUCAGCGACCUCAGUGAUGUGGACUGAUGACACUCACUUACUCUCCCCUCACACACAAACUUGUACCUCUCCUGUACCAAAUACCCUGUUCCUCCCCCUCUCAGUCUCUGCAGGAGACUUAAAUGUUUACUGGACACCUGCCUUAACAGGUGGUGUCUCUCCUCAUCCAUUCGUGCUCAAACAUGCUCCUACCAUUUGCCGAUGGGAAACGGCUGCUGCUGAAAUGAAUGUGUCUUUCUUCUCUCCAUUUACGGGCUCAUAACUGUGCUUGGAGACUGCUCUCCUUAUCCACACCACCCUCACUCCAAACAUCAUUUACAUAACAUUUACACAUUUCACAAUACUGAGCUGAUUUUUUAUUUUUUUUUUCAUGCAUUCUAAUCAUCUUUUCACUGUUACAAGUUACUAAAACAUAACCAUAGGGGCUAAUGAAAUAGCUAAAGUGGACAAAACCUUACAUUUCCUGCCUACAUGAAGGCUUUUCAGUUCUGGUCAGUUGAAUCAACUGCAGCCAAAGCCCACAUUGUACUGAAGUCAUCUCUUUUCGCAAUACCUUCCUUUGUAUUAAAUUGUAAAUUAAAUGUACAGUUGCCUGGCACUAACUUAUUUUGUAGUUUUGACCUAAAUUGGGACUGUACAGGAGUUUUCUUAGUAUUUAUACUUGAUGCAUUCUUGGCACUAAGUGAGUGAUAUUUUACGAGUGCUGUAUGAUCAAGAAAAAAAAAAAAAAACAGUGCAAAAGCCUUAGUGUUACGGAGCUUAGGGCUAAAUGUCACAUUCUUGAGAAGUAUGAAAGUAUUCCUUUUUCAUGUUUUAAGUUAUUGAAGUUUAUAAUUGUUACCUUCCAUUUGGCAUUAAUCAUUUUUGUAUUAAAACAGUUUUUGUAUAUUUUUGUUUUAUAUAUAUUUAUAUAAUUUCAACACACGGUAUAUGAUAUGUUAAGUCUUUGCAGCUCAUACAGGCAGUCUAAUGUUAUGGACCCAGAGCAUAAAUUGUUCUCAAGAAACCAAAAAUGUUGCUACCCAGAAGUUUUUGCUCAUUCAUUUCUGUGUGAUGUGUGAAGUUCUUGCCAAAAAAAAUAAGAAAAAAAUUGUAUUUUCAUGUGAUGCAUUUGACUGUUACUUGGUUUUGCUGUAGUAAUAGGGAGAUGUGCCUGUGAUAACUUAUUGUAAAGUAUUUGCAUUACUUUAUAUCUAAGGAAAGAUGUGCAAAUUGAUUGUGGUAAAAUGGCAAAUUUUGUGGUGGAUCUUUGCCUUCUUUUUAAGUAACCUUUUUUUUUUUUUUUCCUUUUUUUUCUUACAAUGUAGCUGUAGACAUUUCAUUUUAUAUCAUUGUCUGUUUUUUUUUUUCUGGGUAGCAUUGGGUAGUUUUGGUAUAUUUCAUUUUGUACUUAACUGUUGUAGUUUUUUUAAUCAGGUCAUGAAAAUAUUGCUGGGACUGUUUUUUUUUGUUUUUUUUUUUUCUUCUUUUUCUUCUUUUUUUGUAGCAAAAUAAAAGAUGCCGAUACAGUUUGAACAUGUGUUCCACUCCUU